AGUGAGGUGAAUUCUCGCGAGAGUGGGGCGGGCUGGAAGAUGGCGGCGGUUGGGGAGGCGGGAACGGCGGCAGGUGGAGCGGCCGCGGAGGAGGACGUCCCGUCCGGACCCCGGGCGCCCGCCGGCUGCGGCAGUGAUUCUGCGAUGGCAGAUGUAACUGUUAACAUGGAUACAGAGAUGUCUGGUUGUAAAGAUAUUGAGGUAUCUGCUGACAGCACUGAAGCCACUGAUACCCAACAGGCAGGGACAAUAGAGGAGGAAUCUGUACGGCAUCUUGGUGGAGUGGAGCUCCAGUGUGGAAUCUGUGUAAAGUGGUUUUCAGCAGAAACAUUUGGCCUAGACACAACCUCUUGCCUCCCGUUCAUGACCAACUAUAUUUUUCACUGCAACCAGUGUCACCACAGUGGGAAUACAUACUUUCUCCGAAAACAAGCAAACUUGAAGGAAAUGUGUCUCACGGGUCUUGCUAAUUUGACCUGGCGUUCUCGAACUCAGGAUGAACAUCCCAAGACCAUGUUUUCGAAGGAUAAGGAUAUCAUACCUUUUAUUGACAAGUACUGGGAAUGUUUGACUACCCGACAAAGACCUAGCAAAAUCACUUGGCCAAAUAACAUCGUGAAGACAAUGACCAAAGAACGGGAUGUGUUUCUAGUGAAAGAGAACCCAGAUCCUGGCAGCAAAGAUCCACAGGACGAUUACCCCAAAUUUGGAUUACUAGACCAGGAUCUUUCUAACAUUGGCCCAGCAUAUGACACACAGAAACAAGGGGGAUCCUUAACUCCAGGAAGCACCCUCAAUGGUGGACCUUCAUUUGGAGGGCAACUGAGCAGUGCGGUGGGUAGUGACGCAACUGGGGGUCGCGCCCGUGACUCCUCUCAAGUCUUUUCUUUUCAAGGCGGCUCUGUUGGAGGAAGUGGGAAAGGAAGAGGAGCAAAACGUAAACAGGAUGGAGCUUCAGGAGGGGCUGCCAAGAGGACCCGAAGUGACCCCCUAUUUGCUGCUCAGCGACUGCCCCCGCAUGGAUACCCACUGGAACAUCCGUUCAAUAAGGAUGGAUAUCGGUAUAUCCUGGCUGAGCCCGAUCCCCAUGCACCAGACCCAGAGAAACUUGAACUAGACUGUUGGGCUGGUAAACCAAUUCCUGGGGACCUUUACAGGGCUUGUCUCUAUGAAAAGGUUCUUCUGGCGCUCCAUGAUCGAGCUCCUCAGCUGAAGAUCUCUGAUGACCGGCUAACUGUGACAGGAGAGAAAGGUUACUCCAUGGUGCGAGCAUCUCAUGGAAUUCGGAAAGGAGGCUGGUACUUUGAGAUUACAGUGGAUGAAAUGCCCCAGGAGACAGCUGCAAGACUUGGCUGGUCACAGCCGUUAGGCAACCUCCAGGCACCCUUGGGCUACGAUAAGUUCAGUUAUUCUUGGCGCAGUAAGAAGGGGACCAAGUUCCAUCAGUCAAUGGGUAGACACUAUUCUGAAGGCUACGGGCAAGGAGAUGUUCUUGGGUUUUAUCUCUACCUUCCCGAGGACACAGAGGCUGCCCGGGCACUACCAGACACUUAUAAAGACAAGGCUCUGAUUAAAUUCAAAAGCUAUUUAUACUUUGAGGAGAAAGAUUUUGUGGACAAAGCUGAGAAAAGUCUCAAACCAGCAAUGGGCAGCAAGAUGAUAUUUUACAAGAAUGGAGAGAACGAAGGAACUGCCUUUGAAGAUGUGUAUGCUGGUGUAUAUCAUCCUGCAAUUUCUUUGUACAAGAACUGCACAGUAUCAAUCAACUUCGGACCAAAUUUCAAGUAUCCUCCAAAAGACAUUCCAUUCAAACCAAUCAGUGACAUGGGCUGGUAUGCUGUGGUUGAGCACACACUGGCAGACAUACUUUACCAUGCUGAAGGAGAGGUCGAUGGCAGACGAAGCCCUCCCUGGGAGCCUUAACUCUCUUAACAAUAAAAAGACAAACUUAAGAAUUAUUUAAUGAUGUGUUGGUCAUCUGAAGCUAAUAGAAGAGGUUCUUCAAGCACGAGGCAUCGUAUUUGCAUCACACAUCAGCGGUACAGUUCAGGACAGUUUUAGAAUGCGCCGAUUUAACUGAGCUGAUCCUGGUAUUAACCUUUACCAUACUGCCCGAUGACAAUGAUGUCCAUACACAUGUAAAUUGUGAGGUAUACAGUUGUCAAUUUCAUGACUGGUGCAUUAACCCCGAUAAUCCAGUGCAAUUAUCUGUUCACAUGAUUGCUUCUUUAAGCAUUGCCUCCAGACACAUUUACAACUCACAUUGUAAGAUGCUGGAAAAAUGGGUUCACAGAAGGACUCUCUCAGAAAUGGGUGCACAAAAUAUAGCUGUGCAUUUGGAUACCAUUUAUCUGCUUUGAAAGCCAAAAUAGACAUUUGUGUAUUUGGGAUUUGCGAUUGUACCACAUGUUGUUAUCUCAGUUUUGGUUGUGAGCUUUGUUCACUUUCUUUUCUCCGUUUUAAAAAAAAAUGUCAGCAAUUGGUUUUCCAGUCAUUGAUUCAUUAACUUGCCCCUUUUCAAUGUUAUUUUCAUCUACUAAUGUCAUAACUUAUCUCCAAUUUCAUCUUAAAUUAAUGGUGAUAUAAAAGGCAGCCCACAUUUUGAAAUUGGGUUGAUGAUUGAUAUUUGAGAAGUCAUUCCUUUCCAUUUCAUUCCAAGCUUUGAAAAAAAUUAACUUGAAUUUUGGCUGUAAUAAGCAGUUCUUAUACCACUCGCUGUUGAAAUGUAUCAACAUGCUGUUCCUCAAAUGUAUUUGCAGCUUAUUUCUUUGUUUGUCUGUAUUUUUCAGUCAGUUCAUUUUCAGGUACCACAGCUUAUCCCAAUAUUGUACCAGGAGGCAGGGGAUAAUAUCACCCAGCUGGGGUUGAUAGUGGUGCAAAGAAGUUAGUGGUAAUGUGUAAUACUUUUUAUCGAAUGGUGGCAAUUGUAAGUGUGAAUGCUCAGAUUCAAGUGCCAUUGUGUAUUACAUUGUGUAUUUUAAUUGUAAAUAAAUCUGACCUGUAUUUUCA